GAGCAGUUUGUGCAUCAUUUCAAGGGCUUGGACAGCAUCUUUCUCAUGCCGCUAAUUGGGAGACAGGCUCAGCGCCCUUACACAAGAAAUGCUGGUGUGGAUGCUGUGAUGUUCCUCUGCUUUCUGCCUCUGGAUGUUCACACUGCAGUCAGUUCUGCCAGCACUAACAGCCUAUUCAUCUCUCAAGUGUGACAGCAAGUACUGGGACUCCAUACAGUGUGUGGGAAUCCCCUUGCCUGCAGAAAAGCACCAAUCCUUGCACUCAGGCUCACAUGUGUUUCAUCUUCAAUGGGGGGUGGAGGUGGGGCAGAAGGGAGCUGUGUCUGAGCGUAUUCUCCUGACCCAAAUGCUGCUGGAGAAACCCGCAGUGUUACUUAUGUGGAUUUUCUUUUUCUUGCUUGCUUUUUUUUCUUUUCUUUUUUUUUUUUUGUCUUCUUGUUCCUCUCUCCUGAUUUACUGCAUUUGCUCACGUGGCUUUGGAAAGGGGGGUUUUCUGAAGGCGUUUUGCUUCCAAAAGGAAAAGGAGCUGGCAAGCAUUCAUAUUUUACUUCUCAAGUUAUGUAGGGUAAAGUCUCCCAGUGGGAAAAGGGGAGAUAUAAGAGAGCAGAGAGCUGGUGGUGAUACUUGCCAGAAGGAAAACGACAAAGAGGAGUGUGUAACUCUGGAGCUACAUCCAGACCAAAGUGAAGUUUCAGAGGUGAGCGAUGUGACAGCAAAGUGCUGAUAGCACAUGCAUUUCCUACAGAGCCUCCCUUUCUGCCAGAACCAACAUGCAGAGCAACUACUCCAUGCUCAUCACCACCAGGGAAACUCUCCAGAUCUUCUAUACAGCGCAGGCAAACUCAUCGGCUGUGUUGCGCUCACCGCCUCCCUGCCCACUGACCUCUUCCAAUUACCAGUUUUCAUUAAUUCCAGCAUUCUUCUCUGUGGUUUUUGCUCUGGGUUUGGUUGGCAAUAGCGUGGUGGUUGUGGUGCUCUGUCAUCGCAGCAGCCCCAAAACAGUUGCUAAUAUCUACAUUUUUAACUUGGCUAUGGCGGAUCUGCUGUGUCUCGCCACCCUUCCCUUCUGGGCUGCCUAUUAUGCGCAGGGGUACAACUGGAUCUUUGGAUCUCUCAUGUGCAAAAUCUCCAGUUCUGUCCUGUGUCUGAACAUGUUUGCAAGCAUAUUUUUCAUUACGUGCAUGAGCGUGGACCGGUACCAUGCGAUUGUCCAUCCUAUUCGCUCCCAAAGAAGGACUCCACAUCAGGCGUAUUUUAUCGCAUUGGUUGUGUGGGGCCUUGCCUGUUUGUCCUCCCUCCCAACUUUUUAUUUCCGUGACACACACUACAUUAAAAGCAUGGAGGUGAAAGCAUGCAUUAUGGCAUUUCCUCAUGAGAGUUAUGCAGAGUGGUCUGUGGGAACAGCCUUCCUGAAAAAUGCACUCGGCUUCUUCAUCCCCUUGACGGUGAUCACCACGUGCUACGUCUGCAUCAGGAGGCACUUGAUAAAAGCACAGGAGUUUGGCAAAAACAAGCAGAAGAGGGACAGAGUCCUAAAGCUGGUGGCUGCUGUUGUUGUGGCCUUCUUAAUUUGCUGGCUCCCAUUCCACAUUUUGACGUUUUUGGAUGCCCUGGCUCGUAUGAACGUCAUUGACAACUGUGAUGUGACAGGAAUCAUUGACACAGCACUGCCAUUUGGCAUCUGCAUGGCUUUUGCCAACAGCUGCAUCAACCCUUUGGUGUACUGCUUCAUUGGGAACCAGUUCCAGGAGAAGCUCCAUCGCUUGUUUAAGCGGCGAGUUUACCAGUUCAACAGCCAACGAGAGAGCUCUUCUUUGAGGAAAGGGAGCUGCCUCCGAGACACUGAGACAGCAGUGGGCAGGGAGAGGGAGCCCGAGUCCUUGCUGUAGGCACUGUGACAUGGGGCUGUGUCAGUACAGCUUCUGCUGUGGGGACACUCCUCCCUCCUGUUCCUUUCAUUUUGUGAUCAUUCAGUCAGCACCUAUUCGAAGGAGAGUCUUUAUCUCAUCCAUGAGGAUCUGUUCUUCCUUCUUUUCCACAAUGAGCACUCAAGUUUUAUGGAGAGGGAAGAUUCUGGCUAGGAACUCAAUUGAUGGCAUUUUAAGUACCAGCUUACACGUGACUGAGAUCAAGCAAGUGCCUUAAUGUAACACAGAAUAAAUACCAAAGGAACCUGGCACUGUAGCUACAACUGCAUAGGUAUUGAGCAUCACAUCCUGGCUAAACUGAUUUUCUAAAAGAGAUUCUCAGUUGAGAAUGUGUAAAUAAAGCGGCGAUGAUCCUUUUGUACCUGUAUACAGGAAAAUACUAGACUUUUAUUAUAUACAUAUGUAUAGUUUUGAAAGUGUAUUGUUAAUGUAUGUUAAACAUAUCAGAUACGCUUCCUGCUCCUGCCCAGUGUCCUGAGAACACGUGGAGACGUGGAUCUACAAAUUGUGCCAGAGGCAGGAGAGCAUUCCUAGGGGAAAGUACUACCACAUGCAUGUUUUUAUGACUUUCUCAUAGCAGGUUGCAGGUUUACAGGACAGAUGGUCCUUAGCUCUGCUCCACUGUGAUUGUUUCUGAUGGUAACAGGCUGGGAACUGAGCAUGCCAAGUCCCAGUGCUACGUGCUUAAGUCCCACACACUGCCCAGCAGAUUCAGGGAAAGGACUUUCUGACUGGACUUUUGCAUUUCAAAUGUCAAUCACUACUGUAAUUUUUAGGUACUGUAAGCAAAAAGACUGUGACUCUCUCUUGAUACCCAUAAACAAAACCAUGGUGGGACUUCGAAGUCUUACCCUCAUCUCAGUGCAUGCAUUUGUCAAUAAGAGAAAGGGGAAAAAAGAAAGUAUUUGGCGAAGGGGGAUUUUAUUUUGAGGUCAUGUUAGGUUAUUUAAAAUUUGCUUUUGUAAGAUACUGAUCCUAAGCACCAAUCUAGAUCCUUUUGAAGGGAUCAUGUUUGAUAGGCUCAUUAUAAAAGAGGGACCUGAUAGCACCCUGAUCACUUUCCAGCAGGCUGUUCCCAGACUGAAUGACCCAAAGUGACCAAAAGAUUGGUGGCUUCAGGGAAAUCUAUCCAGCAAGUUACUUUUGAAGCUUGUUUAAGCACUUCUGGGUCCGUAGGUCAGAAAUUAAACGUGCUGGCAGGGUAACCAAGAUUCUGGCCUCUCUGAAAUCCCAAAGCUGGUUGCUGCCUGCAAGCCAUGGGAACGUGAUGCAAGAGCCAUCCAUCGCUGUUAGGGUGAGGGUCAGUUUCUUCACUGGUGCUCACGAGAAUGGGAUUUUGUGAGGAAAUCUGCCAGCCUCAAAGUGAUGUGGGAUGAGGAGGUUGUGUGCAGAAUGAACAACUCCUUCCUGGUGGUUCCUGCCCCGGUGUGGCGUUCUGGUGAUGGGGGGGAUGUGGUUGGAGAGGUGCUCGUUCCAGAAAGUGGAAGAGGCGCCACUGAGUUUCCCCUGGAAUGUUUGUGUUGAAAAUGUUCCGACGAGUUAAUAGCGUCUGGGGCGUCGGAUAUUUCUGGAAGGACAAACUGUUAAUUGCUUAGCAGUGAGCAAAACAACGCAGUCGUGUUACAGCAAAACAAAUAAUUACAUAAAGAAAAUUAGCAGGUGUUCAAAGUGUCCGGCUCAGAGAAGUAAUAAGAGGUUAUUGGAGCCUUUUUUUACCUUUGCUGCUUUACAGGUCAGUAAUGAGCACAGCUGUGCCACUGAUUGGUAAUCUCUGUAGUCACAAAACAAAACAAACUACAGGAGUUGACCCCAAUGCUGCCCAUCUGCUACCACACUAAGACACGGGUUUAGUGCGUCAGUUUGGACCUGCUCAAAAAGAAAGGCUUUUAACAAGGCUCGUGCCUUCUGCCUUUAAUGCACAAACCUUCACAGGUAGGAAAAUACGAGAGGAAUCUGAAGUCUGGCUGCGGCAGCAUUGAUGCCUGCGAGGGGCUGGGAAAGCUUUCCGGAUGAGAGAGCAGCAAAGCAGAAUCUCCCGCUGCUGCAGCCAGAGGGCAGAGAUUAGCGAGCGCUUCCUGGGGCUGAGGCGGUGCGUUCAUUGCUAUCUGCUCGGGAAAAGAAAUGGAAACAAGGAAAGUUAGGUGGGAGGUAAGGCUGAGAGGGGAGGAAAAUCGCUACUUUCAAAAAAAGCCUACCCAGAAGGUCACCUUCUGCAGGAAUGACAGAGCAAGAGACCCUGCUAGCUUGGUGGUGACGUUUCUUGCCAGAUAUUCUGUGUAUCUCAAAUAGGUUGUGAGUUUGAGCACCUGGGUAAAACAAACAGCCCCAAAAGUCUGUCUGCAGAGGAACCUGAGCUGGGAGCCAGGGAGGUGCUGUGUCAGAGUGCUGCUUUAUUUCUAGAGCAAACUGAAUAUGGGUGAGAUCUGUGACUUCCUUACACUUCAGUUCCUCAUGGGAUUUUUCAGGCUUUUUAAAAUGGAAAAUGUGAUUUUCCAUAGCUUCAGUGUUUUUUUUUUGUUGUUGUUGUUUGUUUUUGUUUUUAAUUUUCUGACAAAGAAUAGACAAAAAUGUAAGGUUCUUUUUUUUUCUUGCAAAUUUGGAGGCUAUUGUUUUCCUUUUAAGUGAACAGCUCCCUGAUAUUUGCAAAUAAUUCCAAGUUGUGCGAUGCUACAACUUUUCACUGUCAAAACCCAAAUUCCCUCACAUGCCCCAGUCCUUUACAAGUCUUGUGUUCCCUAGGGAUUGCCAGAAAACAGGCAGGCAGCCCAAGGAGCUCUGUGGAAGCUGGGGAUCCCCACUGAUGGUGCUUUGCUGCCCUGGAAUGAUGCACACAAUUUUUACCAGGGAAAUGCAAGAGUGUGUCUGGUUGCUCAUUGUCUUACUUGCUCUGUGAGUGCAGUGAGAUGAAUUUCUGAGCAACAGUUGGAGUUCAGAGGGCUGUGCCUGCUCCGUGUAUCAGUGGUGAAGACAGCUGCAAAGGGGUGAAUGAUGCUCUUCCAGAUGGAAAAGUUAAUGGGUUUGGAGUCAAAGCUGAGUGGCAGCAGGGCUUGUUUGGAUAUGGGAAUGUUCUGGAACAAUUCUAGGCCUGUUAGUGUGUUCUUCCCCAGAGAUGGCUGGAAGGGAUGGGUUUUCCUCAGGUUCAUUUGGUCUCUGUCAUAGUUGUACAUAUAAUCCUAUUUGCAGCUUCCUUUUCUGGCCGUAUUUGAUUACCGUUAGCUUAAAUGAAUUGUGAAGAGCCUCGAUCCAAACUGAGCAUCCUGUGCACAUCUCUUAGUUGACUUUAAUAUGCAACUUCAAAACAUGAAGCAAGGAAAACCACUGGCAUUUAUUAGCACAAGCCAGUGCUGAGUGGUGAGCUAAAUGUCUUGUUUAUACAAGAUAUACAAUAAGAAAUGUUUGGUACAGCGUGUUCUCCCUGAGAAGUCAAUGCAGCUUGAGCAUGCCCUGGAACACACUCAGCACAUUUGUCCUGUUCCUCAGGCCAGAUUAUGGGCAGAAAUAUCAUCUUGCUGCCCCACGGCCAACUGCCACAGCUUGGCUGCUGUCUGUGAUGGGUCCCCUUCUCCUGCCUGUAGGGCACAGAGUACCAAGGGGCGAGAAAAUUGCUGUGCUUCCCCAUGAAAAUGAAGGCUUUUGGAUAUCUUCUGGGAGCUGUUUUGGCAGGAACACAGGAAAGAUGCAACGUGGAGAUGAGGUGGUCUGGCAGCCUUCUCUUGAUGCUGGCGGGCUCACUGCUUGCUUUUUGACUCUGCUUCUCUCAGAGAAAAAUGAGUGCUCUUGCUGUGAUGGACUGUGCAGCCUGUCCUGGGGUGUGCUCUCCUCAUGUCUCUUGUGGUUUUGCCUUACCUGUAUGGUGCCUGUAUGUGGAAGGAGCCCAGGGCUGCUCUGUUUAGCAUCACAAACCCUUUUCCCCAGAUACAGUGGUUGACAGAUUGCAGUGUUUACUGAGGUGCCUAACUGAGAAGCAAUGCUCCCCCGUAUUUCUCAAGAAAUAAGAUGAAAGAAGCAAAUAAAUUCAAAAGAAGCAAGAGUCAAAACAGGGAUUUGCUUAUUGGGAAAACACAGGUUUAAUGAGAGGAGGUUCAAGUGAUGCCUAAUCCUGUGAGAUACCCAGCCAGCAGCCGCAAGCUUGGGUGCAUUUCCCUCACCUAGCCAGGUACUUGCAGACCUUCUCCCACACUAUCAUUUCCACAGCUGUGCUCUGCACCACUCUGCAUCAUUGGAGUGCCCUCACAGGAAGCAGGGCUGGGUUUUGGUGGUCUCAUGUGCAGACAUAGGUGCAAGUGUGGCUGGAGACAGCAAGGACAGGAGCUGGGAGCUGUACCUCUUCUACAGGGGGAGCCCAGAAGCACCUCCCCACUGUACUUGUGUCCUCUGUAACCCACGGGAUUUCCACCCACCCACUCAUCCAUCCAUCCAUCCAUCCAUCCAUCCAUCCAUCCAUCCAUCCAUCCAUCCAUCCAUCCAUCCCUCUCCAUGCCCAGGUUGUAAUCCUGCCAGCUUCAAGUGUCAGCCCUGACGUCUGUAGACGGUGGUGUAACUUCCCUCAGCUUCCAAAAACAGACUUUUUUUGCUUUGCUGCCUGUCUGCCCCUGGCAGUAAGCCGGGGCGAGAAGCCAGAGGGAGACUUACAUGGGUGAUAUAACUGCAGUCCUUGCUGAAAUGUUCCUGGGCCCUGGUCUGGAAAGGGAGUGAGCCAGCCCUGCUUGCUGCCUCGCUCAAAUGUUUGCUUUCCAUUUCCUCUGCAGCUGAGAGAGAAUCUGAAUUUGAUACUAUAAUCUCCAGACAGAACACUUUUAAUCCCAAAAACAUUUCACAGGGAUAAACCAGAGUGAUACAGAAGAGGAUGUGGGUCAUAACAUUGAUUUUCCUGCUGUGAGAUAGAUCUGAACCUACACCUUCACCCCUCUGACAGCCAAUAACUCUUCUGUUUGAACAAACAUAGGUAUGCAAAGCUCCACUGUAUCCCCUAAAGACAAGAUCCAGUGUGAGUUUUGGUUCCAGAAUGCGUGAGUUGAAAUGUUGUAUUGUUUUUGCAGCAAAUAAGAAAGUCAGUUACAAUAUCCAACUCAACAUGCUGCAGUGGUGCAAAUGUGACAUAUCCCAUGCCAUGCCCUCCUCCUAACCCCUGUGCUUUGCCAGCAGAUGCAUGCAGUAAGCCGGCAGCUCAGGUUGGAUGUGGGGAGCCACUGGCCACAGCCAUCCCUGCCCCACAGUGCCCUGCUUGGCAUGGUGCAGUGCCAUACACAACACACAGCAGCCUUCAAAAAUGACAGAAAACCAUCUGCAUUAAGCAUUAGGACAGUGUCCGAACAUGAAGUCCUUUCACAAUGGCAGGAAAGUGAAAAUAACGAAUACAAACAGCACAAGGCAUGCAGCUGUGUCAUGGCAGAGUAGGAAAAAUGGAGUAGCUACCACUAUCUCUUGAGAAAGCAAAGUGUUUCAUACGUUGCACGAAAGCAGCUUAAACUCUGUUUCUUCUCAAAUCUUUGGUGAGGUGACGGUUAUAUGGCAUGUUACUGUUCAGGGUCUUGCAGAACAUGGUAGGUGUUCUUUGCAGGUGCUAAGCAGCAUUUCUCUGCACUCCUUCAACUGCUAUGGUAAGUAACAUUAGGAAUUUUACACGUUAGGAAAUAGGUCUCAUGACCCUCAUGCUACUAACAGCUGACCUUGCAAACCCCUUCACUGAGUGCAAGAGAUUCCUUCCAAAGUAAGGACAGCAGAAUUUGGUUAUCUACACAAAUCCCUACUGUGGUGAACUCGGGGAUUUUAGAGCAUCCUGGAUCCCUUUGUAAAUAGUGUGCUAGAUGUCCUUGUUUUACUGCGCCAGUAAUCUUCCUUUAGAUGAGUAGGUUGUGUAGAAUUUGUUCAAGCUUCUGUGGAAGAGGAAUCCACCAUGUGCUAUUCAGUAUGAAGUAAAUGUGUUUGACAAAAGUCUAGAUGGAAAUGUACUUUCAGACCCAGAUGUAAUUCAUGAUAUAAUCAACGUAUCAAAUAAGAGAAAGAUUGUUUUUUCUUUCAAA